AUGAACUGCCCGUCCAGAACUGACGAAGACGUGCUCCUCAACCCGGGAUGGAACCAAAACCCCCCACGUUUCGCCGCGGACCUCACCACGUGCGAGGAUCUGAACGGCAUCGCCAACGCCCGGGAAGUAGGAGAGGCGGAUCGUCUGUCCAGCGGAGCUCGGGCCUUGCGGCGCUGCCACGUUGAACAUGAAAAUGGGCCGGAGAAGGAAAAGCAGCUGGGUUCGCAGGGCGAGGGUGUCAAACGGUCCUCUCAAGGUACGAGCAAAGAGAGAAAUCCGAAUGAGUGUUGUGGAUCACGCCAUGGUUGCUGA